GAGCUUAUGCAGCUGCCAUGUGGCGAGGGGGACGUACUGCAUGAAAAAUGAACGAAUCACUCACUCACUACACAUUGCUCCCGAAUCAUAUAAAAGACUAGUUCAAAUUGAACGAUACGUUUACGCACGACACACACCACUAGUUCCCCACCACUGAAGCGGUAACUUUGUAAAAGUGUCCACACAGUGUAAAAAUGAACAAAAAACAUUUUUAUAACACGAUUGCAAAGUACAAUAUGAAUGGAGAGAGCGGCUGCUGAACAUUUUCUGUGCCUAAGCACCGACGUUUUGCAUUUUAAAGUGGAGAAGGCCUAAAAAACAUGCUACAGAGGAUUGGACCACAGCCACAGCGAUGCCAGAGACAACGCAAGAGACGUGCGCUUCGGCCAAGGACUCUCCUUUCUUCAUUAAGAACCUGCUGAACUGUGAUAGCAAACCGUCCAAACCCAAGCCCGUACUGGCUGCCACCAAGGCGGCCUUGGAGGGAGGAUUUUCCCUCUCUCAGGUCGGGGACUUCAGCUUUCCACGUUUUGACCUGCCCGCACAGAGGUUCAGCAUACCGGCUCACUAUUUGGAGCGCACCUCGGCGUGGUGGUACCCCUACGCCCUGAGCUCAUCCGCCCACCUACACAGAACCGAAGUCACUGAGAAACCAAGACCCAGAGACUCCUCUCCAACCUCGGGCACAGACAGAGACUCACCGGACCUGGUGCUCAAAUCCGAGCCAGACGCCAAAGACGACGACGAAGAUGAUGAGCACAACAACAAAAGCGGCGACGAGAUAAUCCUGGAGGAGAGCGACACGGAAGAAGCCAAAAAAGACGAGAUAGAGGAGUGGAAGAAGAGGGACGACGACAAGAAGCCGUGCCGCAAGAAGAAGACGCGCACCGUUUUUUCACGUAGCCAGGUGUUCCAGCUGGAGUCCACCUUCGACAUGAAGCGGUACCUGAGCAGCUCGGAACGGGCCGGCCUGGCCGCGUCCCUCCACCUGACAGAGACUCAGGUGAAGAUCUGGUUCCAGAACCGGAGGAACAAGUGGAAAAGGCAACUGGCAGCCGAGCUGGAGGCCGCCAACCUGAGCCACGCCGCGGCGCAGAGGAUAGUCCGUGUGCCCAUCCUCUACCACGAGAACUCGGCCUCGGAGAGCGGAGGAGCCGGUGCCAACGUGCCCGCGAGUCAGCCACUGCUCACCUUCCCGCACCCGGGCGUCUACUACUCCCAUCCCAUCGUUACAUCCGUGCCGCUGCUCAGACCGGUUUGAAACGAGUUGUUGCGACACAAGUUGAGAAAAAAAAAAAAAAAAAAGACAAUAUUUUUGUACAAGUGACUGAAUGAAGAAAAAAAAAAUAAAGAAAAGAGACACACUGUCCUACAUGGACCUAUUUUGGCAAAUAUAUUGUCAUAUUCCAUAAGGGUGCCGUUUACACGUGAUCCGACAAUUCAGAUACCAUGUUUUAUUAUUAUUAUUAUUAUUAUUAUUAUUAUUAUUAUUAUUAUUAUUGUUACAGGCUAUGUAAUUAUCACCUCAGGAGUCCACCUGCUUACACUGCCUGAUGAGUGUCUGUUAUUUUUUCCAUAAUAGAUUUGACACCAUGACUGUUGCUGGACACAUCAGCUCUGUGUGAUGUACUAAAAAACAAACUGUGUUUACAAAAUAGUGGCGGCCUAAAGGUGCAGGCCUGCUUUAUCACCCUGCAUCAGCAUAUUUGAUUUUGUUUCCAUUUCCACAACUAAUUACAAUAUGAUGUGCAAUACACUGACGGUGUGCUGUGAAUGAAUGAGUCCACUAAACGGGGGAAACGUUUUGUCAUCUGUUCACGGUGGGAUACUGAUGAGGAUUUGUUGUAAUUUACUUUUUUUUUUAAAGCGUUUGACGAGGGACAAUCAAGACACUCUCAGCUGUAAAAUACCCACGUAGCUUCAUGUUUAGUUUUAGUGAUUCUCACUCUCGUUCCCUCCACAAGGACACGUCCUUCAAGCACAAGUGUUUGAGCUCCAAUGUCGCUUUAAUCUACUUUGUGUUUUUAUUUUUUAUUAUUUUUUUUGAACAGGAGCGGCAAAAAUAUCGACUACACUGGUGUACAAAGUAUGUAAAUGUAUAUAUUUAAUGAGGCACGGAGAGGAACUGCCACUUCUCCUUUGGACAGUUAAAAAAAAACGACAAAAAAACAACGUUUUGAUAUUGUAUUGCUGAACCAUGUUGUGAAAUAAAUGGAGAAUAUUCCGUA